AUGGGUGAAACCGGGUGGGCUACAGUCGCGCCGCGUGUGGUACAAAGCGGAGCGGUGCAGGUGGCGGGCGUGGGUGCAGUGGGCGGUGAGCUGUGGGGCGCCGCCGUGCUGCCCUCUCUGCCGCUGCGCUACCACCAGAUGGGCGGCGUGUACGCGGGGCUGCCGUACCACGGGGGCUUCGCGCCGCCCCCGCCCCCCCGCGCGCCCUUCGCCUCGCCGCCCCACGCGCACUACCUGGCCGGAUCGCAGCGCGCGGAGGGCGGGCGGCUGGACGUGAUGGGCGGCGGUGACGGCGGCCUCUCGCCGCUUCAGCCAGCGCCCGAUCUCCACCACGCGCCUCUGCUGCUCGCCGCAGAGGCUCGUGGUACCCCACUUGAGCUGAUGGCACCACAUCACGCGAGACAUGCUCUAUCACAUCACCACCACAGACGCAGCGGGGGCGGCGUGGGCGCUGGGCCCGGCGGCGGCGUGGGUGGCGUGGGCGUGGGCGUGGGCGUGGUGGGCGCGGCGUCGCGCGCGGCUCGGCCCUACGUGAGGGCGGCGGCGCGGUGGCCCCCCCACCCGGUGCACCACAUACACGCCCAGGGUGGUGGGGGCCUGGUGGGGGCGGCCCUUCCGCACGUCCAGGCGCAGCUGCACGUGGCGCCGCCGCUGCCCCUGCCGCCGCCGCCGCCGACCUACCAGGUGUUCCUGAACCUGCUGGCGAUGUUCCCGCUGUCGCCGUACGCGGAGGCGCGCGAGGAGAGCGCCGAGCCGGAGCCCGAGAACUACGAGGCGCUGCUCUCGCUCGCGGAGCGCCUCGGCGAGGCGAAGCCCCGCGGCCUCGCGCGCCACGAGAUCGACCAGCUGCCCACCUACAAGUACUCGGAGCAGACGCGCCACGGCGAGCAGACUUCGUGCGUGGUUUGUAUGUGCGAGUUCGAGGCGCGGCAAACGCUGCGGGUGUUGCCCUGCGCGCACGAGUUCCACGCGAAGUGCGUCGACAAAUGGCUGCGGUCCAACAGAACGUGUCCGAUAUGCCGGGGAAACGCGUCGGAGUACUUCAACGGCGCCGAG